AUGUUGGAUGCAGAAGUUACAUAUAAAUUAAGAGGCUGCGAGGGCCGCAGCCCGCUGCUGCUGGGCAAGCUGAAGCGCUUCCUCAGCACGCUGGUGCAGUUCGGCUCCGACAUCGGACCAGACACGGGGGACCGCGUGCGAGCGCUCGUCCUCUCCCUGGUGACCGGCGCUCUCACCGUGGAGGAGUUCCACUCGUCCCUACAGGAGGCUACCAACUUCCCGCUGCGGCCCUUCGUGGUGCCCUUCCUGAGGGCGCACCUUCCGCUGCUGCAGGCGCAGUUGGCAGCACUGGCCAGGACCGCUAAACAGGCGCCCCUGCAGUACCUGCGCCAGCACGAGCACGUGGUGCUGGACCCCGCCUUCUCGCCCUCCGAGCCCUCCGAGAUCUUCCACUCUGAGGACCACGCCCAGCAGCAGCAGCCACACCCCAUGAAGAGGCGGCCGUCUGACAGGCGCCCGGGGUCCGAUCAGCGCAGCAGCCCGGCAGCGGCGCCUGUCACUGGCUGCCCGCGCUACGUCAGCAGUCAGCAGUCAGCGCUGCAGCCCGCAGCGGGCCUGUGUCAGCACCGCUCGCCCGCUGCCUGCGUCUGUCAGUGCUACCUGCGGGAGGUGUGCGCCGCGCGCCGCUGA